AUGGAAUCCAGUCUUAUGGGAGAAAAAUUCUGUAAUAUCUUCAUCUGCGGUUGGUCCUGACAUCGAUCCUUCAAUGUCAAGCGAUGAUGAAGACAGCCCUAGCGCUACUUCUCGUUGUGCUGGUCAUCUCGUCCGAGGUGCCGGCAGCUGAAAGCGGCGUGGCUCGGCGCCAGGAUUCCAACUCAUUUGAUGAGUACACGUUAAUAAGAUUCGGCAAAGACUUGGAACGUGGCACCGAGUCAGCCCGGAACGUGGCGGAUUACACGCUAGUGAGAUUUGGCAAAGAUCUGGAACGUGGUACCGAGCCUGCCGAGGACGUAGCGGCCCUGAGGGUGCUGUUGGCCCGCCGACUGGCUGAGCGCCGUGAGACGGCUAGAGCUGACCUGCGUAAGACGGCCAGAGCUGACCCGCGUAAGACGGCCAGAGCUGACCUGCGUGAGACGGCCAGAGCUGAGCGCCGUGAGACGGCCAGAGCUGACCCGCGUAAGACGGCCAGAGCUGACCUGCGUGAGACGGCCAGAGCUGAGCGCCGUGAGACGGCCAGAGCUGACCCGCGUAAGACGGCCAGAGCUGACCUGCGUGAGACGGCCAGAGCUGAGCGCCGUGAGACGGCCAGAGCUGAGGCCAGGGAGCUGGAGUAG